AUGGAAAAGGCCAUGCUACAGUUCCUGCACCUGAUGUGGGUUUCUAUUCUAAUCCACGCCUCCCAUUACAGCUACCACCUAUCUUCACAGAUGCAUAUGCCAACACAGAACACUGUUACUGUAUUUGGCUGGGUAGUGCAAUGCUGGAAUAAAAUAUUUGUUGGUUAUGUCCUUACCCUUCCAGGCAAUCAUGUCUACUUCAAGAACCUCAAUGUCAAAGUUGUGCUUGACUUCGACAAGUAUUACAUCAAUCGGCAGCCACAGACUAUCCCUCACAUUCAUAACAACCUCAAAGGCAAGCCCUCUCCUGGAGUGUCGUAUGAGUACCCGAUUGAGGUUGAAACUACUGGCGUAUUACCACUCUGGCUGCGAUGGUACUAUGCAGUUGACAUCAAUGCAGGUUCUAUUUCCAUGGAGAAUGCAAGGAAGUCUGGUCACAGCGUCAAGGAGGCUUUUACUCAUGUCUUUGGAGAUGUUCCCUAUCGCUCCCAGACUCAGGCAGGACCCACAGCAAGGGCUGCAUUUAUCGAGGCAGCCUAUCCUGCCAAAGGUGCUGCAGAGAAAGCGGCGAAGAAGUGUCUUGCUCAUGCACUGUGA